CGUUCUUUCCCCAACCGCAAACCACCACCGCCACGCACCGGCGCAGCCAUGGCGGAGGGAGCCGCCGCUACGCCCGCCGCCUCCAGCUGCGAGGUGGACCUCGGCAACCUCAUGGCGUACGACCCGUCGCACCACGUCGCCACCGCCGCAGCCUCCAGGGAGGAGCUGAGGCAGGAGUGCCUGCAGAAGGCGACGGAGCUGGCGCAGGCGGUGGCCAACUCCCUUUUCGCGCUGCCACCCAGCGAGGACCGCGACGGCCCCAUCGUCCACCUCCCGCCGCCAACCAUCCGACUUCCGCGCGAGAAGCAUCUACCCAAGCCAAAGCCACCGACCAAGUGGGAGCUCUUUGCAAAGGCGAAAGGGAUUACCAAGCGCAAGAAGAACAAGCGUGAAUGGGACGAGCAAACUCAAUCCUGGAAACGGACUUAUGGUUAUGACCGUGUUAACGAUGACAAAGAUGUUCCGAUCAUUGAUGCCAAAGCCACUGAUGAGCCUGGUGUUGAUCCUUUUGCACAAAGAAGGCAAGAGAAGAAGAAGCGGGUAGAAAAGCAAGAAAAAAACAGACUGGAGAACCUAAAGAAAGCUGCAAAAGUUGGCGCUUUGCCAAGUCAUAUACAGCUUGCUGCAAGGGCCUUGCCCAUCACGGGAACUAAAGCUGAUCUUCCGAAAAAAUCUAGAAAAGAGGAUCUUGAGAAUGUUGCUGGUAUGGCUUCAUCAGCAACAGCCAGUGGUGGGAAGUUUGAUGAGAAGUUGCCUGGCGAGAAACCUCCAAAGCAUCCUGGCAAACAUAGAAAGUUCCUCCCAGUUGCUGAAGGGAAGGGAAUGGGCAACCUGGAGAAACAGCAGAACGACAAGAUCCUGAACUCUCUACUUGCCAGAAACUCUGACGAGCAGCUUGAUGUUGGCAAGGCAAUUACAAUGUACAAGGUGAAGAAGGAAAAGCAAAGAAGGAAAGACAAAGCGACGUUCCCAAAAUCUGAUAAGCUUAAGCCUCAGAAGAAAUCCCUCAAGAAAUCAUCGAAGAAAAAGGCUUAGGCUCACAUCUUCCUUGAGACUUGCUUUAGGAGGUGACCACAGUUUUGAAGGCUCAAGGAGACCUGUUGCAUCCUGCUAUUGUAUUUGUCCGGUUGGAAUCUAUGGAAGAAAUAUUAUUGUCCCGUUUACUGGUUGUGACACAAAGACCUGAAUGAUAUAACAUAUGCUGCCCUGAUAUGCGCGUAUUAUAUUUUUCAAAUUU